AUAUCAGUAGUUUUAUCAUUUAAUGUUUUGAGUGAGGUAACGAGCGUAUAAUUCUGUUUCUAACUAUUUUUAGCUGAUUGUGCAAAUUUGAUUCAACCAGUUUUUGUCGAAAAUCGGUGAAUUAUCUGUGUUAUCCUGGGAAAACUGUUGAUCUGGUUUCUUCAACAGGUUAUUUUAUUUGUCGAUUAUCGUCAGUAAUAACUGAAAAAGAGUACACUUGAGCCCGUUAUGCAAAAAAGAAUAGUACACACAUUUUUAAGGCGAAAAAGAGUACUUGUACUCUAAAAAGAGUACGCCUGGUAACCCUACACAUCUCGAUUGUUGAAAUGUGAGACCAAAACAUGGAACAAGUGACUAACACUGCGCUCGAGCAAAUUCCAUCGUUUUGUGAGCAUUUUGAGCCACUCUUGGUUGAAGAAAUAGCACUUGCCAGGUAUCCCACUUCAGUUCAUCAUGGAAAAUGCGCCAUCAUUGGCUACCUGCCAGAACGAAGCAACUGUCUGGAAUCCCUAAUGGUACCCAGUCUGCCCAAAGAUGUUCAACUACCAGACGGCACAUGCAGCGUUCGGUUAUGCUUCGAUAACUAUCGAGGUUCAAUGCCACGUAACUGUACUGUUCGAGCCUACGGGACAAUACUCCUUCGUGGCCCUAGCGAUUCCCCCUACAACAGUUCCCGUGAUUUGAUUGGUCGCCUGUACGAUCUGAAGCAGGAUGCUGAACAAAGGAAAUUGAGCACCGUCAAGUUGGAUAGAAUUCUACGCGAAGAAAGGGAAACUAUGCGGAACAAUUUCCAACCGUUUUUGGAGGUACAAGGCUGCGAGAGGGUGAGCCAAGCCAGGGAGCUGAUCGGCUGCAAUCUAAGACUGAAACGUAUCAACAGGAGGAUAGCACCGCUCAUCAGGGACAUCGAAAGCGGGAUUUGAGUGAAGAAUUAGCUGGAUGUGUCGAAAUUCACUUAAAGGUUCUCAAUUAAUGAAUAGCUAAGCUACAAAAAUAACGUAACUUUUAUUUUUUUUUUAUUGUUUUGAGCGAGUGUAAAUAAAAUUGAUAAGAAUUUCUGUGUUUAAUCAAACAUUGAUCCAAAUCUGUAGGUUAUCCAUAACUGUGGGUUGACUGAAUCACCAAUCAUUAAAUACGUUUAAAUCCUUUAUUUCAAAUGUAAAAACAUGGGAAAGUGUGUAACGAGAACAGUGAACUCUAGAAAAUUAUCCCUCUUUACCUGGUCAAGUAAUGCUGUUAGCAAAGGGUCAUCAGGUUUAAUGGCCUCAUACAGGAUGGCAGCUAUCGAACGAAUCGUGUCGGGA